AUGCGUUUCAAUAAAAUUGCACUAUUCUUUUCGAUCUCAACUAUCUGGGUUGUCGUUGUAAAAGGCGAGUUGAUUAAUGCUCCGAAUACUCGUCUCGGCUUCCCAUCUCGAACUCAAUCCGUCGCCAAUGCUCUCUAUUCAGCCAUUGAACUUCCAUUGACUGUCUUCCCUCAUGAGCAAAUGAAAGAAGAAGUGAAGACGAUGAAGGAGAAAAUUCUGGAUCAGUCAAAAGAGCAGUUCAAGGCUUUGCAUCCAGAUGCUCGUUUUGGACAUGUGAAACGAAAGAAGCAAUUUAGAUGGCAUAAUUUUCCUGAAUAA